CUCGCACGCAUGGGCAGCCCCACGUGACACCGCCAGCCUUCGGAACUUCACACCGGGGCAUUUCCGACGCACGGACACCGGUCGGGGGUUCGCUGCCCUUUCCCCGACUGACCACGCUCGCCUAUCGCACUCCUCCACUGUGCUGUUGUCUCACCUGCAAGCGAGUAUAGAGAGUCGUCACCUUUCUGCGACUUCUGCGCCUGCGAGCCGCGGCUGACAAUGAGCUCGCCUCGUCGCGAAUUGAACGAGGAUCCAGGAAGCAUGAGGCUUUCCUUCCGCGGGGGCAUGUACCGGAGCACGGCGGACGGAUCGAGCAUGUCGACGACCAACCUGGCUGAGGAUGCGGCCCCGCCCGCUGUGCAGCGCCCACCUGCGCUCCCUUCGCUGCCGGCGCAGGGAUCCAAGGAGUUGGACGCCGCCGACACCGAGGACACCGAGUCGGCUGGAGGUGCGGCGCCCACCCCACGAGGAGGCGCCUGCCGAACCUUCCUGCGACAUAACCGGCUAACCGUGGCCACCAUAGCGGCCGUGGUGGCCGGCAUCGUACUGGGAGUCGUACUGAGGCCUCUAGGGCCUUUCUCAAAGCGUCAGCUGAUGUACAUCAACUUUCCGGGCGAGAUGUUCCUGCGCAUGCUGCGCGGCCUCAUCCUGCCCCUCAUCACCUCGAGCAUGGUGGCCGCCGUCGGGGCGCUGGACGCGCGCCUCUCGGGUCGCAUCGGCCUGCGCGCCGUCAUCUACUACUUCUCCACCACGUUUCUUGCCAUCGUGCUGGGCAUCGUGCUCGUCACGGGUCUGCAGCCCGGCGCCGGCGAUAGCGAUACAGGCUCCUCCAAAGCUUCCAAGGCGCGCCUAGUCACCACCGCCGACACGCUCAUGGAUCUCAUAAGAAACGCCUUUCCGCCUAACGUGAUCGAAGCCUGUGUCACGCAAUUUUCGACGAUUGUUAUCAAGCCGCCGGGAAAUGCGUCCAACACAUCCAUGUACGACUGGGACUACAAGACGGUGCACGACCCCGGCACCAAUAUCCUGGGCCUCAUCGUUUUCUGCAUCGCGCUGGGAGCCACCGUGGGCCAGAUGGGCGAGAGCGGAAAGCCCCUCCUGGACAUAUUCACCUCCCUCUCCGACGCCAUGAUGAUCAUCACCAAGGUGGUCGUAUGGUUCUCACCUGUGGGCGUCAUGUUCUUGGUGAUGGCCAAGAUGCUAGAGAUGCAAGACUUUACAGUGGUCGCCGGUCAGGUUGGCCUGUACGCUCUGACCGUGCUGCUGGGCUUACUCUUGCACGGCUUCGUGGUGCUGCCGCUGCUCUACUGGCUGGUCAUGCGGCAGCCGCCGUUCCGCUUCCUUCUCGACAUGCUGCAAGCCAUCGCCACUGCCUUCGGCACCGCUUCCAGUUCUGCCACGCUACCGGUGACAAUAUCGACGCUUGAGGACAAGGUGAAGGUGGACCCGAAGGUGGUCCGCUUCUGCAUCCCCAUCGGGGCCACCAUCAACAUGGACGGCACGGCGCUGUACGAAGCUGUGGCCGCCAUCUUCAUCGCGCAGGUGCGAAAGGUGCCCCUGGACGUCGGGAAGGUCAUCGCCAUCAGCGUCACGGCGACCGCUGCCAGCAUCGGUGCCGCAGGAAUUCCUCAGGCGGGCCUGGUUACCAUGGUGAUGGUCCUUAACGCCGUCGGGCUACCUGCUGACGACAUUACACUCAUCAUCGUCGUCGACUGGUUCCUAGACCGCUUCCGCACAGCUAUCAACGUCCUGGGCGACGCCGUGGGUGCCUGCGUCGUCGAACGCCUCAGUCUGAAGGACCUGGAGAAGCCUCACAGCUCAGAUGGCCGGGGCUCCAAGGACACCGUCAUCACGUCCAUGUAGACGACAGUUGUCCUUGCUGGCCGGGCCUUAAAUGGUUCAGAGGGUCGUCCACGGUCCCUCUAGACGCGAGAGGUCAAGUCGCACACUUUCUUGCUGGCCCGUUUAAAACUCACCGCGUAUAGCUCGCGUGGCUGUUACAGUUGCGGGAGCCAAAAAAGCCAUUCGUCGCGAGCUAGCUCAAACACCCAGCUGAAAACUCCACGCGGUUCCAAAUGCUUGGCUGGGGCUCACGAGCACUUCUGUCAUCGUGAACGAAUAGCGGCGCGCGCUGUCAAGAUGGUGAAAGUAUGGCCUCCGAAAUCGGGCAGCGCGCAAGAAUCCCGCGUGAUCUCGAAGGCCAUAGCGAAAUUAUGCAGUUUCCUAUGAGGCUCGACAGAGGAACAAUCUAGUGCUAAUGUAUACGUCAGGCAGGUUAAUAAAAGACAGUGGCUACGCAAAAUAAGGCUUGGCACCGGCGGGUUCCGUACAGCUGUCUUAUCGUUUUUACCGUACAUUCUUUUCCUGUUCGCUUAUUGUAAACGCUUGGUUGCGUAAAGUGCGACAUAAGUAUCCUGUUUUGGAUAACGCAUUACCUUUUCUCAUUUGUUAUUAGACUAAAAACAAUUAGAAAGGCUUAAAAUUAUCUACCUUAUCGCAGCGACUUCGCGAGACAAUAAAUAGUUACUGUCUUGUGUGCAUAAUUAUACGUCUUUGUAAUAUGUUAUCAGUAGCAGUCGCACAAGGUUUCCGCUGCUCUAAAAGACUUAAUCUGCACGAUGCUCAAAGACUAUUUGAUCAUAACCGUGAAAGAUUAUAGCGAACUAAUACUUCCACAAAGUAAGAAAGACAUACACUGAGAAGCUGCGCUGUCUUCCUAUCCCCUUUGAGUUUCCCUCUAUCUGACACUUGCGCUAAACUCCUCUCUGUUGACCUACGUAUGAAACUGUUUACUGUCUGGAACAGUCGAGAAUGUCGCAGCGCCGGCCGCAGGAAGGCUGGAAAGUUUGUUUACACUUUCGAGUUUACUUACUGCGUGUUAUUACUCCACGGGCAUUCGUAGUCCAGAAAUCAUUCAAGAUGUUAUCGAAAAGCUCUCAAUCGGACUCGCAUUCUUUAAAUCACGUUUGUGUAACCAUCCUGCCUGUGCGACUGUGCGACAUGAUAGAUAAAUUGACAAAAACGCACCUCUGAUCUCGUCCCAAGCUUAGAACUGUCGCAAACAGCGUGAAUGUGUGCACAGAUGCAGGUUAUCCUUUCACCCUCGUCACGUGAAAUUUGGACGACAGGCGACGCAAAUCAUUCAUGUUUCGAACGUACCACUCGCUGUAAAUUGUCUUAUUUAAUAACUGCGCUUGAUAUAGCGGUGCGGGGAGAGCAUUUGCUGGCGGACGCCUAAAUGAUAAAGUUGAGCUGCCUAGUCGAUGUCACGCAUAUCGUCCUCUUCUGUCACGCAUUUUGCCAUGACCGUCGUGCGCUGCGCGUACGCAAGGUUACCAUUCCAAAUGCAGGACAUUCGUAAUUUAUUAUGGGCCGCAAUGAAACGACAAACGUCUCAUGCUGGUAAUUGUUUUCUUUCGGGUGCAUAUAUGGAGUUAUCUCGAUAUUUAGAACAGCGGAAGAAUAUUGUUGUGAAGUAUCGAUAAGCAGGCACGUAGGCAAGGGGGGGGGGGCGCCCCCCCUCCCGAAGUUCGUCCGGCCUUCUAUAUUCCCGGCAACUUUUGUUUUAUUUUUGCCAUGGAAAUACUUUCUUUCGAACAAUUAGGCCUUGGGCCCCCCCCCGAAAAAAAAUUCUGGCUACGUGCCUGUCGAUAAGGUUGAAAGCUGGUGAUUGAUCAUCAAAUCGUAUAGGUUUGGUGAUUAGUUGGUGAUUGUUCAUCAUACCGUAUAGGUGAAGCAGCGCACUUUCACGAGGACCUUGUCCCUUUUGUCCUCGCCAAGUAUCCUACUUCAGCUAUACGGUACGAUGCUCUUAAGUAUAUUAGACACCCGAUGUUUUUCAAUGUUCAGGUAACACGUGUAAAAUAAGAGGUAUCCUACUAGUAGCACCAUCAUAGCGUGUUUCCUAGUGAAGUAUUACAAAUCUUUAUCGAAUAUAUGCAAUUAUCAUUUAAGGUCUAGUUCGAUGCGGGCGUCUGAAAAUGUAGGGCGGUGGGGGCUUCAAAGGUUACUCGUUCUAUACAACACUCUAUACCAUGGUGUUCGGUAUUGCGCUGAAGCCUACUCACUCCAUUCCUCAUGUUGCUUGUAGAUAGUGAAUAGAUGGAUGUUGAAGGAUUAAGAGUAUAUGCUGUAUUGUGUGCCACAAAGUGACUCCCAGACACGAGUUUAGCCUACCCCCAACAACUUGUACACUAUUCCUCUAGUUAAGCAGUGAGUGUAAUAAGAGCUGGGAGUGUGCCCCUUGUAAUCUAUGAAGCGCGUAAGCCUUGUGUCUAAUACCGGCGUCACACGGGCAUUUUUGAUCGGGAUUAGGACCAAUACGGAUCGGAUAUUUAUCGCGAUUAACUAUCGUCGCUGCUACACGGUUCACCCUAAUCUGGAUCGAGUUUGGUACAGACGUCAGUCAAAUCGCGAUCUGGCAGCCAAAUCGCGAUGCGCAGAUCGCGAUCGUCUUGAUCCCGAUCGGGUUUGAUCGCAGUUAAAAGUGACCGUGCAGCAGCACCUUAUCCAGAUCAAGCCUAAUCCGGAUCGGCCCUGAUCGUGAUCAAAAUUGCCUGUGUGACUAAAUUCUUGACCGACACAAUUACCCAGUCGUGAACGUAAGACUAGAAGAAAGAAGGAAAAUGAAUGCGAGGACGGGGAACAUUCGCUGAUGCGAGUUUUCAGCUCUUUUGAUGCACGUUGUACAUAAGGCCAGCAGCUGGCGACCUUCAUUCCUUGAUCAUCACGACCAUUGUUAAAUAAAACGUAAUUUAUUUCA